ACUCAUCCGGAUAGAGAGGCCCGCUUGGCCGACACUUGCAGGACAUGUUGACCCUCCAUCCAGAAACAACGGCACUAUUGUAAGUCAGAGUGGCUUCUCCAUACUAAGUCAUUAACACACAGACACACUCAUUUAGGCGAGAUUUCCGUCUGAUUGGGAGUGUUUCUCACUGAAGCUGAAGUCUGUGGAGACACACUGGAACUGCAACAGGAACGAGGCCAGGUUUUGCGGUGUAAUAUUAACUUUUAAGUCGGUUUUAAGAGGAUAUAUGAUCCGGGUUUAACACCCGUGUCUUCAGAGAGCAGAGUGGGCUGGGCUUGGAUCUCAGUCAGAAUAUCCGGCAGCAGGAGUAAACAUCCCAAAUCUCUCCGGCAAAUAACGCGAUAUGGCGAAGAAACUAUGUGGGACCAAUUAUCCAGUCAGCAUCUGCUUCAUAGUGGUGAACGAGUUCUGCGAACGCUUCUCCUACUAUGGCAUGAAAGCGGUGCUCACGCUUUACUUCCUCAACUACAUUGGCUGGGACAAGGACCUCUCCACUGCCGUGUACCAUGCCUUCAGCAGCCUCUGCUACUUCACCCCCAUCAUGGGAGCGCUCAUCGCUGACUCCUGGCUCGGAAAAUUCAAGACCAUCAUCUACCUGUCCAUUAUCUACGUGAUCGGACAUGUGGUGAAGUCGGUCGGAGCCAUUCCCACCGUGGGAAGCAGCGACGUGCACAUCGCUCUGUCCGUGGUAGGUUUGAUUCUCAUUGCUUUCGGCACCGGAGGAAUCAAACCCUGUGUGGCGGCUUUUGGUGGUGACCAGUUUGAUGAAGAACAUGGAAGCGAGAGGCAGAAGUUCUUCUCCAUAUUCUACAUGUCGAUAAACGCUGGGAGCCUCUUGUCCACUGUGAUUACACCCGUACUGAGAAGUGAUGUGCAGUGUUUUGGUGGAGACUGCUACGCUCUGGCCUUCGGGGUUCCUGCUGCUCUGAUGAUCGUGGCUCUAGUUGUGUUCACUGUUGGCAGCGGGAUGUACAAGAUGACUCCUCCCCAGGGGAACAUCCUGCUGGAAGUUUGCAAUUGCAUCGGGUUUGCCAUCAAAAACCGCUGGAAGCGAUCGAAGUAUGACUCUAAGAAGAAACACUGGCUGGACUGGGCUGAGGAGAAGUACUCGAGGCGUCUGAUCCAGGAGAUUAAGAUGGUGCUGCGAGUGUUGGUGCUCUACAUCCCGCUGCCAAUGUUCUGGGCUCUGUUUGAUCAGCAGGGUUCCCGCUGGACGCUUCAAUCCACCAGGAUGAACAUGGCUUUCGGGAAACAUUUCACUAUUGAGCCAGACCAAAUGCAGAUGUUGAACGCUCUGCUGAUUCUCCUCUUCGUGCCCAUCUUUGACCUCAUCAUAUAUCCGCUCAUUGGUCUUUGCAAGAUCAACGUCACGCCUCUGAGGAAAAUGGCCGUGGGGAUGAUUUUUGCAGCGCUGGCCUUCGGAGCAGCGACCAUGGUGGAGAUCAACGUUGUGAAAUCGGUGGUGGAUCCUGCCCCGGCGGGUAAAUGUCUCCUGCAGGUGUUUAACCUGGCAGAGGGUAAUGUGAGUCUGAGGAUGCCCGGCAGCGAUCUGUUCCAAGAGAUGAUCCCAAACCUCCAGGACCCUGCUCAAUAUGAGACGCUUCCUGCAUCCGGAGAGGAUCUGGAGUUUCAAGUCACCUUCAACGGGAAAACCUCUGUGUGUAAUACCACGUUCCACCAGAGGGAAGCAUACAGUCUCAUCCUAUACCCAGACACUGCUGGAAUAAACUGCCAUGUGGUCAGUGACUACAUAAAGAAAAAUGAAAAUGGGAAACCUCUCCUCCGGUUCCUGAGCACACAGCCGGAGGCGAUCAACAUAACUAUCGGAGAAGUGUCUUUUUAUCUGCCCUCGGAAUACAGCAUGUCUCUAAACCAGACUGUGGAUCGGGGAGAAUAUUCAGCUGUCAGCUGCAGCUCACCUUCAGGGAAAUGCUCUGAACUGAACCUCGGCCUGCUGGACUUCGGAGCUUCCUACACCUUCAUACUCGUGGAGGAAUCAGGUAACAUUGUGGCUCAGAGGAUGGAGGAUGUGAAAGCCAACAGCGUGCACAUCGCCUGGCAGAUCCCUCAGUACGUCCUCCUUACCAUAGGGGAGGUCAUGUUCUCCAUCACAGGCCUGGAGUUCUCCUACUCGCAGGCUCCGGUCAACAUGAAGUCGGUGCUGCAGGCCGGCUGGCUGCUCACUGUGGCGUUUGGAAACGUGAUUGUGCUGAUCGUGGCAGAGGGAGCCGGACUGGAGCAGUGGAAAGAGUUCCUGCUGUUUGCCGGCCUGCUGCUGGGCGUCUGCAUCAUCUUCUCCAUCAUGGCGUACUUCUACACCUACGUCGACCCCGACCAACUGGACAAGACUUACCUGGAGGACUCAGGGAAGGAGGAAGAUGAUGAUGACGAGGACCACGUGAAGAAGAAGUCUAAUGACGUAAAGCUGAACAAAAGAGGAAAGAGCACCAAAAUGUAACAGUGCUGCUUUACUCCAACUUUUAUCUGUAGCUGAUUUCAACAUGAUUGAUGAUUUAUGUGAAAUGUUUUAUCUGUUGUAUUUUUUCAAUUUGAAGGUUCUUUUUUGUCUGAAAAUGAACAUGUGAUCCAUGGACAUUCCUUAUGUUUAGAAGUAAUGUAUUUGUUUGUCACAAAUAUUGUGUGGAACCUUUUUGUUAUACUCCAGUCACUUAAAAAUGUUUAACAGGGAAGUAUUUUCAUGAAAUAGUGUUUUAAAGAGGAAAAGUCCUGUGAUCAAUGGUGUUACUUUAAAUGAAUGUCAAAUGUUAUGUUUAUAUAUGUUGCGUGUUGCUCCAUGUCAAACAGGCAUUUUUUAUGAAGCUAAAUAAUAAUCGUAUUCUUUAACAGAGGUUCAGUUUACAUUGUGUGUGUGUGUGUGUGUGUGUGUGUGUGUGUGUGUGUGUGUGUGUGUGUGUGUGUGUGUGUGUGUGUGUGUGUGUGUGUGUGUGUGUGUGUGUGUGUGUGUGUGUGUGUGUGUGUGUGUGUGUGACCAAUGCAUCUGGUGGUUUUGUAUGUUUAGAGGCCUUUAAAAUUCAGUCCGUAACAUAAAUGUUGAUGUGAAAACCUCCCACUACAGUCAGAAUCAAUCUCAAAUCAUGAUUAUGUUCAACUUUAAUGCGUCAAAAAAAGAUCUGUAUCUUUUAUUUGCUGUGUCAGUUCCAAAUAUGAAAUUUGACGGCAUCUUUUACACAGGGAAGGAAAUUCGAAGCUACUUGCACUAACACAUAACAAUACUUUUUGACAAAAAAGGCAAUGGGAUUGUAUUUUUAGGCCUUUUUGCUCUCUGCAAAUUGAACUCACUUACGGAGUAGCAGCUUUAGAAUCAUACAAAAUGUAUAUGUGAUUUAUUUUUGAAGCUUUCGUUCUAAAAAAAACAUGCAAAACCAACAUUAUUGUCCUUAGAAAGUCAAAAAACAUGUGAUGGAAUUUUUUUUCUUACACUGGGAAUUGUUAAUUAUGCUGCUUCCUGUACAAGUCCAUAAAUAUAAUGUGAUGCUGGGGCUUGUUUGGCUGUCUGACCAUUCUAAAGAUUAAAAUGUGCAUUGUUAUGUACAUUUGGAUAACAUUUUGUACAUCAAGAAAACAUCUGCUCAUAUUUGUUGUGUUAAGAUUGAAUAUUGGAAACAAAAUGCAUUUACUAUGUUUAUAAAUACAUGUGCAUCCUUUCUCUCUGAGAUGUGAGACCUGUGUGUAUUCAGGUCUUUAAACAGCUUUCAUCAAUCAGAAAA